UUUCAGCUUUAUUUGGGAAUUACAACUUUGAGCACUUUUUACUUCCUAACAGUAUUAAAGAGAAAAAAGCUACUGGAUGGUCUCAAAUUACUGAAGGAUCUUGAUCUGGAUUUUAUGAGAAUCGGACUUUCUUUGACAGAGACUUAUAAUAAAACACGAAAACUCAGUAUAUUUUUUGCAAUUGUAAUCAUUUGGAUGUAUUCUUCUUAUAUAUUCACUACGCAGAUAAUAGUUCGAUUAUAUGGAAUUUAUCCUCGAGCAUCAUUAUGGUUUUCCUUUGUUUUUCCCAAUAUUGUCAGUACAAUGAUUAUAUUGCAGUUUUCAUUUUAUGUAUAUAUUUUAACUUUGAGGAUGGGACUUAUUAAAACACUAAUAAAUAAUUUGGAAAUCAUAUCAACUUCUGCUUGGCUAGAUGGCGAUGAAAAAAGGCAUACUAUGAAACAGAAAAAAUAUGCAACUAUAAUAGAUGUUAUUGGAAAAUUGCACGAAAAAUUAUGCGAAAUUGUAGAUCAUAUAAAUGCAUAUUUCAACAACCAAAUGCUAGUAUUGUGUUUGGAUGCUUUUGUGAUGAUUGUAUUUUUUGCAUAUUAUAGCUUGAUUUCCAUAAUGGACUAUGAAGCUGAUUUAGCAAAAUAUAUUGGAGUAAUGACUUUUUUUCUUUGUCCUUUCAUUGCCAAUAUCUGCCAGAUGAUUUGUCUUGUGGUAUUUUGUGCACAGUUUUAUAAUGAAAUUACAAAUUGUCACAAAAAGCUGCUGGUUUUAAUAAAUGAAUCUGAAAAAAGAUGCACCAAAUUAAGACUAAGCCAAUUAUCAAUCCAAAUAAUUAUUCGGAGUCCAAAAUUUAGUGCUGGUGGUGUAUUCAUUUUAAAACCAACUUUAUUACGAUCGGAAUUCCACGUAACCCAACUCGGAAUCUUCCUAACUACUAUCCAGUUGUUUUUAUACGGGGUAUGUUUAAUACAAGUGGUUAUAGAAUCCUGGAGUAUGGUGUCAUUUUUUUAUGAGAGUGAAAUAUCAAAAUUUGGGGACAAUUUCCAACUUUUGGUUGGUUUCAUAUCAAUGAUUUUGAUGUUUGCUGCCAGUUUGUUGAGAAGUAGCAUUUUUCUAUCAGUUUACAACAUGUAUCCUCAUAUAGCAAUAUGGUGGGCAUAUGUGAUACCAAAUUUGAUGUUAUCCUUCGUAGUCCUGCAGUUUGUCAUGUCGAUGUAUGUGAUAACUGAUAGAUUGAUCUGUUAUAAUAAAUUGUUGAAGGAACUCGAAGAAUUUGAUAAUAUUCCUUGGAUAAAUGCACAUCCAAACAAGUUAUACACAGUUGCAGCUAAUGGAAAUGUUUCUUUGUGCCAGCGUUAUAAAAAACGUUAUGUCAUUUUGGAUUCAAUAGGAAAAAUACAUGAUGCAAUAUGUGAUGCUGCCGACUACUUAGAUAGAUUCUUCUCAAUACAGAUGUUGUUAAGUCAAAUUUCGAUGCAAAUGAUGAAUAGAAAACCAUGUUUUACAGCCUGGCAACUUUUUACUAUUGAACGCUCCCUUUUGAGUUCAAUAGCUGGUGCUGGAUCCACAUAUUUAAUAAUACUUUUCCAGUUCUCAUUUCCUGUGAAAUGCAUUGUUGAAUCACCAAGAAAUAGUACUUAA